AAACCGGUCUGAACAGUAUCGCAGUUCAGUCCUUAAAGUGAAUACAAAGUCUUGUUGAAUGCUAAGAUUGGACAGACAGAAAAAGAGCAAAAGGCAGCACAUACUGAAAGGGAAAAGAAAAGAGAAAACAACAGCAGAACAGAAAAACGGGAGAUGAAGAUAAAGAGCGGCAUAAAGAAGCCUGCAGCGACAGAAUGGAUAGCAGAGACGGACAGGGUGAAAGUCUAGUGUUAUGACUGCGCUAUAAAGACAAUCACAUGUUACUGUAUACAAAUAUAUGGAGGAAUCAGUCUAAUGAGGGCCACAUGGAUUCGUUUCUCUCAGAACACACAGAUACUCUGCUUGAUCUUCUGUCUCUGCCGUUACACUCAGGCCAUUACCAUUCAGGUGGCGAGGAACAAUAUCACUGCACCGGUUCAGGGAAGUGCUCUUUUCUCUGUGGACAUCACAUGCGUGGGGACCCCAGCAAUCAGAUGGACGUUCAUUUCUGUAAACAGACACCAAAGCAUCGCAGCCUGGAUGCUGGGUGGCGACGCAAACGUCACGCAAAUGUACGAGGGACGAGUGGAAACUCACCCCAAUGGCUCUCUAACAAUAUCCGACUUACGUCUACAAGACUCUGGUUAUUACACCAUCACUGUGACAGAAACGUCUGGUAACAGCAAAGACAUGUAUAUGGUGUUGAGUGUAACUGAGGUGCUGUAUGAGGACAUCCAGUACAUUACUGUGUUCACCAUUGUGUUGGGGACGCUGGCUGCAUUUCUUAUGCUGUGUAUGUGGCUCUUGAAUAAACUAUACAACUUAACGAACACCUGGAGAGAACAGAGAUGCUUACCAGAACACACUGAGACUGAACUACAGCCACUGUGAUGUGAACAAACAGUGAGGAGUUGAGUGAUGAACCUCACAUCUGCCACAAUCAGCAUUUACUUCUGCAGCCCCAGAUGACUGUAGAUCAACAUGUUCAAUCAGAGUAUCAGACUGACACGGAGCCGCCGAUGGCAGCAGCAACAACAGACUCUCUGAACGACGCUAGUUGACAUACUGCUGUGAAUGUCAUAUGUAUAUGCUCAAAGAGCAUCCUCUGGUGGAAGAUUUAUGGAUGUCUUUUGUGUUAUUUUUCAUGGAUGAACAUUUUUGAAAAUCAUUUGAUAUUGCAGGGGCAAAUUCCAUUUGUGGUUAAGGUACCUAACAGAAUGCCUCAAUUAUCAUAUUUAGUGUACAAACAUCAUUGUUUAACAUAAUGUUUUUCCAGAUUUUCGUGCAAAAAAGGUGUGACCUUUUUGAAUGUAAAGGUUCAGAAUAAACAUCUUUGCAUAAUGA